AAGAUGCAGAUGAAACCGGCCGAGCUGCACCGGGACAGAGAGCAAGAGCUGCACAUCCGACAGUUUUCCUCAGUAUAUCACCAGGUAAUGGCUCAGCACUUUUGUUCCGACUUUGAGUGGAACGGUGCCAGGUCCAUUUGAGGAAGGCAGAGAGGGGGAGAAAGAUAGUUAAGUGGACUAAUCCACAUGCACCGGCUGCGAUAGAGAGUAUUGUUAUGCAAGCAGAGAGGGAGCGUUUUGAUCCUGACAGCAGACUGGGAUGCUGCUGUCUUCCGUGCUGCUUGCACAGGAGGACGUUCCCUGUCCCAUUUAGGAAUGAGCUUCUAGGGGAGAAUCUUAUGUUUGGUGCUGCGUCGGAUUAACACCUUCAUUUUAGACGCAGGCCAUCUGAGCCAUGAGCAGUUUACCCCGAAACACUAAGAUGGAACCCAAGCAGCCGUACAGCAGUGGCCUGCAGUUCCAGCAGGGGACGAAACGUCAUCACUCUUUCUCCUCAUCCUCUGCCACUUCGGGUCCUACAGAGCUGCUGCAAACUUCUGCGUUCCAGCACCUGCUGCAGCACAACACUGGGAUAUAUUCUCAUCAUAGUCCAAGAGCUACGGCGAGAACGGACGGGACCUGUUCAGCCUACAGCAGCCCCCGCAUACCAAAGAGAGAAACAGCUCGCUCCAAAGACACCCUGGAUCUGCGCUCUAGUGCUCUCACCCAGAAGGCUUUACGGGAUCUUCAGCUGCGGAGAAACACCAACAAGAACUGGACAUUCGGAAAGUAUCGAACAAGAAAUGUCGAUAACGCCGACGCACGUGAAGCCUUCUGUGGUAGAGGACGUCUCCUUUUCUCCAAAGGUGCAAAUGGGAAUGAAGUAACAGGCGGGAUAGGAGGCUUCCAGAGAGAGAUGAGAAGCAUUUCAAAUCAGGGGAUUUCAGAGGCAGCCUCGUCUGGCACCAAAGGAAAGUCCAAGUGUCAAAUGUUCAACAUGCCACGCAGAGCCAGUGAGCCAGACACAGUGAACAUGGCGGCUGUGGCUCCCUUCAGGUUCAGGUUUCGGGAGGAGCCAGACACUACCACGGAUGACCUGAGUGACUGCUCCUCUGACUCGAUGGAGGUUUGCUGUGAGGAUCUGGACCCGGAGUCGCAGAGGAAACGCACCGUGCAGAAUGUCCUUGACCUUCGCCAGAAUUUGGAGGAUACGAUGUCGAGUCUGCGGGGCUCACAGCUGAGCCAUAGCUGCCUGGAGAGCAGCAACGUGGGCUACGACAGCGAUGAAACUAACGCCCGCAGCAUCUCCAGCCUCUCCAACCGCUCUUCUCCUCUCUCCUGGCGCCACGGUCAGUCCAGCCCACGCCUCCAGGCUGGUGACGCCCCAUCCUCUGCCGGUGGGUACCAGGAAUCCAAGAGCGGCUCCCAGUACACCGCCCACACCAUGCCGGCCCGCUGCUCCAGUCGCCUCAGCAGCACUUCUCGUAUUGAGCUCAUCGAAGGACUGGACGUGGACACGGAUCUGAAGUCUGGAUACCUGAGCGACACAGACCUCGGAAAGAGCCUCCCGGAUGACGAGGCCGACCUGGCAAAUGGAUGGGACGAGAGCAGCUCCAUCAGCAGUGGACUCAGCGAUGGAGACGGCGACGGUUCCGAGAACAUCAGCUCGGAGGAGUUCAACCCCAGCUCGUCGCUCAACUCUCUGCCGAGCACGCCGCUAGGAUCCAGACGCAGCUCCUCCAUUAUGCUGCGCACAGAUGCAGAGAAGCGUUCUCUUGUGGAGAGUGGACUCUCUUGGUACAGCGAGGAGAGCAAGUCCAGCAGCAAGCUGGAACGUUCCGGCUACGACACUGGAAGUCUGAAGACGGAAGCUCCCAGCAAGUGGAGGAAGAAGCCGCCGAGCCUCAGCGAGGAGUCCGCCUUUAAAGCAGAAAUGAAAAAGCCGCAGAGUUUGGGUCAGCCUGGGAGUUUUCGGAAGACACGCAAUCCGCCUGUGGGGGUCACCUCUCCCAUAACGCACACAUCUCAGAGCAUGCUGAAGGUCGCAGCCCCCAAAACUGACAAGCCGCAGGACAAAUCCAAAAUAUCCAUCAAAACAUCCGGUCUUCAAAGGUCUCGUUCCGAUGCUGGCAGAGAUCACCACUCUGAGCACCGCAAACCUCCCUCAGGUUUAGUCAAGCCCACAGCUGGAGCCUCCUUUGGCUACAAGAAACCUCCAGCAGUCACCGGUACCGCCACCGUCCUGACAGCAGGUGGCGCCACCAUCUCUAGUGGCUCAUCCACCUUGGGGAAAACCCCCAAGACGUCUGGCAUCCCAGUGAAGCCGGUGGGGGGAGGACCACCCACUGGCCGCAAGAACAGCUUUGACGCCAGCAGCGAGCAGAGCUUCCUGGGGCCAAAUACACGGAAUAGUAUUCAGUACCGCAGCUUGCCUCGUCCUGCCAAGUCCAGCACCCUCAGCGUGAUUGGGCGACCGUCGUCCCGGCCUGUCAGUGGCACCAUUGAUCCCAGUCUGUUGAGUCUGAAGCCCGUGCCCAUGGCAUCAGCCGGUCCCAGGGUCAAAGAGCUAAGCAGUUCCAACAUGAAGGUGUCCACUCGCCCGAGCUCAGGUCCGGUGAACCAGACCGACCGGGAGAAGGAGAAGGAGCGCGCCAAGGCCAAGGCCGUCUGUGCUGACAUAGACUCACUGAAAGGAGAAGAAUCUCAGUCUGAAUCCAUCAGAGAGUCUGCGGUCAAACAGCACGGACUGAGGAGGACCAGCAGCAGCAAAUACCCUGAGCUGUCUUCACCCACCUCACCAAGGAUGCUGAACACAAAGUCUUUGGGACGUCCUCCUAGUCUGGCUCACCUGGACAAGGUGAACUCCAACAGCCUGGACUCCUGUGUGACCAUCCAGGACCUACCCCCUAAAGUACCCCCGUAUUCCAAACUUCAGGACUUGGCCGGCUCCCACACCGCGUCUCGUCUCACCCCCAGUCCUGCACCGGUGCUUCACAUCGACUCGUACACCAGCGAAAGCCUGAGCGGGUCGCCCUUGCUUUACCCUAAACUGACUGGCAUGCACCGCAGCAUGGAGUCCCUACCGCUGCAGAUGAGCGUGCCCUCCAGGUUUGCGACCACGGAGAUGCCGGACAAGGAGAGGAGCACAGGAACAUGGGGGGCUGGGAGUAGAACAUCCCUCACCCUCUCCGAUAGCCCUCAGACUGACAGAAACACUUUGCCGAAGAAAAGUUUAGAACGCUACAGCUCCAGCCUGUCAGAGAGUGAAGAAGUCAAGCCGGGCCGGCGCCACUCCCACAACAUAGUCAGCAUGACAGAGAGUGACAGCCCCCCUCAGCUGCCGUCACCCACCCGCCCCCUCCACCUCUCCUCUGCGAAGACCCCCCUCACCAAUGUUGUCGCCCCAAUUUCCACUGGCAGCCCUAGAAUAUCACGCUCCAACAGCAUUGGGCCCCCCAGUGACUCAGCCUGCGAUCUGUAUGGAUCUUCCCCCCUGGGCAGCAGCAUGUCACUGGCAGAUCGGCCAAAAAGCAUGAUGCGUUCGGGGUCUUUCCGAGAACCAGGAGAGGAUGUUCACGGCUCUGUGCUCUCACUGGCAUCCAAUGCUUCAUCCAACUAUUCCUCGAACGAGGAGAGGAUACAAGGAGAGCAAAUUCGCAAGUUGAGACGAGAGCUGGAAUCUUCCCAGGAGAAGGUGGCCAACUUGACGAUGCAACUCUCUGCGAAUCAGCUAGGCCAGGCAAAUUUGGUUGCAGCUUUCGAGCAAAGUCUGGCGCUGAUGACAGCCCGUCUGCAGACCCUGUCUGUCUCCUCGGAACAGAAGGAUUCUGAGCUAACUGAGCUGAAGGACACCAUUGAGAACCUGAGAGCCAAGAACACAGAGGCGCAAGAAAUCAUUCAAGGAGCUCUGAGCAAUCCUGACAUCACACCCAAAGAGCUGCUGAUCAACCGUCAGAACUCCUCUGAGAGCUUGUCCAGCCUCGCCAGCACCACCAGCCACACCAGUCACUCCAGCAUGGGCAGCUUGAAAGAGCAGGAGGCCAAGAAGAAGAAGAAGAAGAGCUGGCUGCGCAGCUCCUUCAAUAAGGCGUUCAGCAAAAAAGGCUCCAAAACAGCCGGAUCCUAUGCGGACAUUGAAGAAAUAGCCACCCCAGAGUCCUCGGCGCCAUCGUCACCCAAGGUUCACCAUGAUGGUGAAAGCCCGUCUUUAAUGAAAUCGUCCGCUUCUGCAUCAUCAUCAGGACUCUGUGAGGGCGGAGAUUCGGGUGAUGACAAGGUUGUGACCAACCUGCGAUCAGAACUUUGGGAGAAGGAGCGUAAAUUGACGGACAUCCGUUUGGAGGCCUUGAACUCGGCUCAUCAGCUGGAGCAGCUGCAGGAAACCAUGAUCAACAUGCAGAGGACAGUGGAGAGCCUGAAGGCGGAGAACGAUCAUCUGAAGACAGGAACUCCAUGUCCCUCUCCUGGUCCGUCCAGCUCGGCCUCGCAGUCAUCAGGUCUCACUGCUUUAGGGAACUCUUCACCCCGGCAGUCAGUUGCCGUGCACUUGCCCAAAAGCUACAGCAGGGGGAUGAGUGAAGGAGCAGGUACUCUUAUAAGUCUUCGAUCAGAUCAAAGGAAAUGUGAUUAUGUUAUUUUUUUCUCUCCUGCAGACGUCCUCUCUGCAGAUUCCCUCAGCUUUUCUUCACACAGAGAUGAUCACCGUGUUCGUGUGGUCGUGUGUGUGGCGGACUUGCACGUCUUUAAAGAUGAGGUCAAGCAGCAGGAUUUCUUCAUCGGCACAGUGCGAGUGAACGGCCGGAUGGACUGGUCCAUGCUGGAUUCUGCUGUCAGUCAGGCCUUCAAGGUCUACAUUGCAAAGGUGGACACCGCCUCCAGUCUGGGUCUGUCCACUGACUCCAUCUACAGCUACAGUAUGGGCCACAUCAAAAGAGUCCUGGGAGGAGUGGCUCCAGAGACCCAACCAUCUCGCUGCAUGUCCCGCGGCCCCAGUGCCAUCACCGUAGCUCUCAAAGGUCUGAAGGAGAAGUGUGUAGACAGCCUGGUGUUUGAGACCCUCAUCCCCAAACCCAUGAUGCAGCACUACAUCAGUCUGCUUCUCAAGCAUCGCCGAAUCGUCCUCGCUGGACCCAGCGGGACUGGCAAGACCUACCUAGCCUCCCGGCUGGCCGAGUACCUGGUGGACCGAAGUGCUCGCGAGGUCUCUGAAGGCAUCGUGGUCACGUUCAACAUGCAUCGUCAGUCCUGCAAGGAUCUGCAGCUUUAUCUUUCCAACUUGGCCAACCAGAUCGACCGAGACACCAACUCUUCAGAAAUACCUCUGGUGAUUAUUCUGGACGACAUCCAUGACACAGCUGCCCUCAGCGAGCUGGUGAACGGAGCUCUCACCUGCAAAUACCACAAAUGCCCGUACAUUAUUGGAACAAGCAAUCAACCCGUGAAGAUGACGGCAAACCACAGUCUACAUCUCAGCUUCAGGAUGGUGACGUUCUCCAACAACGUGGAACCCGCUAACGGCUUUCUGGUCCGCUACCUGCACCGGAAAAUGAUGGAGUCCGAGGACGAGAAGAGUCUGACCAACGAGGACCUGCUCAGGGUUUUGGACUGGGUGCCCAAACUCUGGUACCACUUGCACACAUUCCUGGAGAAGCACAGCACGUCUGACUUCCUGAUCGGUCCGUGCUUUUUCCUCUCCUGUCCGGUCAAAGUGGACGAGUUCCGAACGUGGUUCAUUGACCUUUGGAACCACUCCAUCAUUCCGUACCUGCAAGAGGGCGCCAAAGACGGGAUUAAGGUGCAUGGUCAGAAGGCCGUGUGGGAGGACCCGGUGGAGUGGGUUAGGGGCACGCUGCCUUGGCCGUCCGCCCAGCAGGACCAGGCCAAGCUCUUCCAUCUUCCCCCUCCGAGUACUGGCUCCAGCAGCCCAGGUCAGUCCCUUGAGGAGCGACCUCACAAGGAGACGACACCAAGCUCCACGGAGUCUGAUCCACUGAUGGCUAUGCUUCUGAAGCUUCAGGAGGCUGCGAAUUACAUUGAAUCCCCCGACAAAGAAGAUCUCAGCCUGCCCAAGCUCUGAACCUCGAUACUUCUCUCAAAGCCAGACAUCAUUUUCUGUCAAAGGAUUCACGUUCUCUUACUCACACGGACUCUUGGGUCACCGCCCUAACCCAGUCGGUGCUAGCACUCAUUGCCGCAGACUUCAGGUCAUAUCCCCCAGCGGCCUGCAGUGCAUGAUGGGAUGCCGCUCUCUCAAAAGAGUAUGACAGCAUGCGUUAUGUUUAUCACUGAUCAGUACAUAUCUGCUGUUACAGUCUUUUUUAAGGCCAAAUAAUGUACAUAUGCAAUCCAGAAGUCAAGCAGGUGAUAGAUGCCUUAAAAACAACGUCAACUUCAGCUGGUGCUUCCAUUCACUCCGCCGCAGCGUUCACAUCCACUCUACUUCGGUUCUAACAACAAUUCAGGUAACUUAAAUGGAUUGCGCAGAGAGGAGCGGAUUUACUGCUGUCAUGCUCUUUUGAAUCCAACUAAAUCGGGGGGAAACUUGGUCUUUAAUGUGGAGAGUUAAGGUCUGUGCAAGUAGGAAGAUAAAAUAGAAUUGAAAUUAGUCAUCUGUGAACAGACUCAAUUUUAGUCCUGUGCUGGCUUUUUGCUAUCAAACUGGAAAGGUUAUGACCAAACAGUCUUUAGAUUUGGGCAAAGAGCAGUACAGCAGCUUUGUAGUAUUUUAAUGUACCUGUAAGGCGAAUCAAUCAAGAAUAUAUAUUAAUUUCUCCCCAAACUUGUCCCAUGCAUCAGUGAACUGACACUUUAGUGAGUCAGUGCUUGCUGUGGUCAAGUCUGCAGCAGGUCUGCUGUGGUCAAAAACACUUGAAUAAAUGCCUCCUGCCAUUAGAUCACUUUAGAUAACUUGGCAAAAUCCAAAAGUUGCUACGCCUGAGUAAUGGAUCUGCAACAGUAUUUGACAGCUACAGUUACAGUAUUAGAGACUAAAUAUAGUUUUGUUCUUCAAUACUUUUCAGUAUGUGUUGGAAGAGUUUGCUUGAUGAUUUUUAAGCAUAACAACAUUCAACUCUUCCUUCUUACUAGUCAACCAGCGAGCACCAACCAGGACAAAAAGUGCCACCAAAAUAAGUGUUCAUUCAUUUCUAUCUAUGAAAAACUGAACAUUUUAAUUGAACGAAAAAAACAGCUUUUAAAAUGGUGUGUCUGCAUAACUUCUGAUGUAUUGCAAACUCAUGUACUGUAUACUCGAGUGACUCAUUCAUUAGCCUUACUCGGUCACAGGGGGUGGAGCUUGUCCCAGCUGCAUAGGGCAAGAGGCAGAGGUAAAUGGUGGACAGGUAACUCCCCAAACACUCAGUGGCUCCUUCUGAGGAUUUCAAGAGUCUUGCUGGAACUGGACAAACCCUGUGAUGCUUGCACUCAGUUAGAGACAAGUUACAAAAAAAGGAAGUGGAGGUUUUUACCUCCAGUUACCAGGAAGCGUUGUAGUUAAUUCAGCGAUGAUCAUGUCUUCAGUCACUGAGCACGACCCUAAUUCUCCACUGAAUGAUUGUCUUGCCGCUCAACUGUACUUUUCAGUUGCUCAUACAUUUAAUGCAAGAAGAUGCUGCUGAAAACUUGGGAGAAAGAAUCGGUAGCCGAUAUAUAAUCCAUAUUUGACUUCCCCAUACUCAUAUAUUUUUAUUUAUCUAUUUUAGGGAUUUUGUGAAUGAAAUCAAAUCAACCCUGAAGCUCAGAUUAAUGUUUUAAAAAAGGGAAUAAAUUGUGAGCUUUUAAAAAUGAAGUUUGACUCCCAAGUGUGGUUGAGUGAACUCUUGGGAUCAACCUUUCCACAGCACCAGUCAUGUCACUAGACAGAAAAGAGGAGUGACAUUAAAGCUACCUAAUUUAAGAUUUUGCACUUACUAGAUAUAAAUGAACCUUUUUGUAUGUAAAUCUUGACGUGUAGAGGUGCUUUUCACAACUUUGAGUUUGGCCGCUCAGGCUGAAGUGUGUGGUGAAAAUGUGAAAUAGAUUUUUAUCUAGGCUCUUUUCCCGACAAAGACAUCAUGUGACACGUUUGUGUAUGUGGAUGUUGUGAAAAAAAAAUGUGGUGAAAAAUUUGUAAAGAGAAGAUACGGACCGGUGCUCAGACGUCACAAACCCUGUAAAUGAAUGUGGAACCACUUAAAGGACCAUUCCAUAUGUAGGAUUUUCAACAAGUCUCGAGUCAACGAGUCGACUAAAAAGUAGCUGCCAGAGUUAAUGAACAUUGCGUGUGGUGGGUGAUCAAGAAUCAUCGGCUGUAGCUGCUCAUCUCAUUCACUGGUUGUUGUGCCUGUCGCUGCGUGGUGGCUGUGAUUCGUGUACAUGUCUCGGGACUAUGCAGCAACUUCUAAUAGCGUUGGCUUCGAGAAAAGCGAGCAGAAAGUCAACCUUUUCUCUUCUCAUCUGGCUUCUGAUCUGGACAAACUUUGCUGACGUCGGAACUGUUGGGCGCUGCCCGGGACUGGACUGAUUCUCGAAGCCAAAAACAGAUCUGAGCGGCCAGAAUAUGUUGCUGGAUAGUCUUAUUCCUGCAAAGCUUCCUGGGGACUCAGUGGACGAUUGAAAAAAACUGUUAUGCAGUAGCUAGCUUGGGUGCAUUGUGCUCACUUGAGUUUAAAACAGCUCUUUUGUUGUUCUGUGGAAAUUGAUUUUUUUUAAACUUAAUUUAUUUUUGUCAAUUUUCAGUAACAGUGACUAAAUGCAAGGAUAAUUAAGUAAAAUAUUUAUAUUUAUCAGUUACAUAAGACUUAAAAUAUAUUUUAAUGAAUCUAAAUAUAUGUAGAAUUAGUUGAUACUUAAAUAGCUAAUACAGUUUUAUUGAAUACAAUUUAAAUUUAAAAAUGUUUAUCUAGUUUGUCUUAAUUUAUUGCCUUUGUUUUUUUUCUGAAUUAAAUGUAAAUUCUUCUUGACAAAAAAAGUGUCCUGGUAUUAAAAAAUAUAUACAUAUUAUAUAUGAAAAAUGAGCUGUUAAGAUGGAAAUGUAUGAUCUUAACUUAAGAAUGAUUUAUAUCCAGAUGAAUUUAGUGCUUUAUGUUCUUCUGUUUCACUGAAACAGAAGAGCUGUUUUUAUCUCUGGUGAGCUGCUACACUUUGGUGGUAUGGAAUGCCACUGACGUACAAAUGUGGAGGGGUCUCUGUGUUGUAAAUGCAUGUAAACUCGCCGUGAGAUGGAAAAAAAGUUCAAUGUUUAGCUGAUCCAUCCUUAAAAAACAAUUUCCUUUUUACAAUAUUUGUAUUUUCCUUUUUCUUUUUUUACUGAAGAAUCCUUUGUAAAGCUUAAUUUGUCUAUUUUGUACAGGGCGUCAUUGUAAAGACUGUAAAUAGGGCGAGAUUCUCCCGGGUGCGGCAACAAUCACAAGUGGGGUGUCAGUAUGUUUCUGCAGAGGGGUCUGGCUUUGAACAGCGAAUGUUUCUGGCCGUUUUCAUUCACCAAUCAUUGUUUGUCUAAGUCAAUAAAAUACAUGUUAUAUUGAGUCUUCACUGUCCUUGUUUGGUACUCACAAGUCUUUCACCUGAAAUGGACCCUGGACUCAUCUCAUACUCAUCUUUGUAAUUGAAAAUUAGGUUAUUGUGGGAAAAUUGAAAGCUAAAUGCAUAUUGAUAUUUUUCUUGGGGAAUACAGGUGUG